AAAAAAAUAAAAGUUCAGUGGAAACGUCAAAAUCAAUUGUCAAACCUUAACCAAAGAUUUUGUUGAAGAUUUUAAAUCUCUUAAUAAUAGUAGUAUAUGUAAGUAUAACAAAAUGAAUUCAUUUGGAAAAGUAGAAACUGAAAAACUGAAGCACAAUUUGGAGUGUCAGUUAGAUAGGUUAGUGGAACAGCUCCAGGAUUUAGAAAAUUGUCGAGAUGAGCUAGAUAGUGAAGAAUACAAUGAAACAAAAGAAGAUACCAUGGAACAGCUCAAAGAAUUAAAUGACAGUUUAACUAAAUUGGUUAAAGGAGACAUUUCUUUAAUAAGUACUCUAGGAGCAAUGCAAUUGGCUACGCAGGCUGCUAUAUCACAAGCAUUUAAAACACCAGAAGUUAUUAGGCUAUUUGGCAGGAGAGAACCAAAACAGCUACGUGACAAACUCUUUGAUCUUGAGCAAGACUUGAAAUUGAACAAAUCCACUACAGAAGCGAUUGAUAGACAGAAGGGAGAAAUUUUAAUAGCGCUCAGGCAAUUAGGCGAGCAACUGUCCACAGAAGAGUUGCAGUUUUUAGAAAAACAUAACGACAUUUCUACCGCUUUCAAGAAUGUGGAAUUUAUCGAAGUAAAGGAAUAAUGUAAAUUACAUAAAUUAUCUAUUUAUUUAUAACGCUUCAACAAUAAAGAAAACAUUAAAUUAAAA